AUGACAAGAAGCUCUACUAUUAAACAAGAAUCACCUGUGCUGAAUCCUCAGAGACUGAUUGCGCAGGAGCGGGCAAAAUCAAAGAUCAAUAUCGAUCAGAUCAAUACUUUCCUGGAGUCUUCUCCCGAUAGGCGUGAAUUGACACAUCGGUUGAUCGAUGAGGUUGUGAAUGAUCCUGUUUUGAAGACAGAGACCAGUUACUAUGAUCAGACAAAGAAUGAACAGAGGGAAAAUACAGCAAAGAAGAUCGCCAGGUUAGCUCUAUAUAUGGAGCAUGAUGUGAAGACUGUUAGAAAACACUUCAAGGGCACAGAUUUGAUCAAGGAUCUACAAAAUGAUAAGGAAUGCAAAUUGGAGCCUUUAUCAAAUAAAGAUUUAUUCAUUUUUGAUAAAAGAUUAUCAUUGGUGGCUAAUAUUGACCCACAAUUGGGCACGAGGGUCGGUGUACAUCUUGGUUUAUUUGGGAACUGUAUCAAGGGUAAUGGUACUGAUGAACAGAUCCAUUAUUGGUUGCAAGAGAGAGGUGCGCUCUUUAUCAAGGGUAUUUAUGGUUGUUUUGCCAUGACAGAGUUGGGCCACGGAUCUAAUGUAGCUCAGUUGCAGACUAGAGCUGUCUAUGAUUCAGACAGUGAUACCAUUGUGAUUAAUACUCCAGAUCUAACAGCUACGAAGUGGUGGAUUGGUGGUGCUGCGCACUCUGCUACGCAUUCCGCUGUAUAUGCCCGUUUGAUCGUUAGUGGUAAGGAUUAUGGUGUAAAGACUUUCGUUGUGCCUUUAAGGGACCCAGCUACUUUUCAGUUGUUACCUGGGAUCUCUAUUGGUGAUAUUGGUGCCAAGAUGGGGCGUGAUGGUAUCGACAACGGUUGGAUCCAGUUCAGAAAUGUUGUGAUCCCUAGAGAGUUUAUGUUGAGUCGUUUCACAAAGAUCGUAAGAGCCAGAGAUGGUUGUGCCACUGUGAAGACCGAGCCUCAAUUGGAUCAAAUUUCGGGCUAUAGUGCUUUGCUAAACGGUAGAGUCAAUAUGGUUAUGGAUUCGUUCAGAUUUGGAUCCAAGUUUGCUACCAUUGCUACUCGUUAUGCCGUUGGUAGACAGCAAUUUGCCGAAAAGAAGGGCCAGCCAGAGUCACAGCUUAUUGAUUAUCCACUUCAUCAAUACAGAGUAUUGCCUCAAUUAGCUGUAGCGUACUUGAUAUCACCCGCGGCCUUCAAAUUGAUGGAUGUUUAUUAUUCGACCCUGGAUGAACUUUAUCAAGCUUCUUCUCCAGCAAGUUCCACGGAUCCAAAUGCGUUGAAAGUGGUUAGUCAAAAAUUAAAGAACUUGUUCAUCGAUAGUGCCAGUUUAAAAGCUACCAAUACUUGGUUGGUGGCACAACUGAUUGAUGAGUUGAGACAGACUUGCGGUGGUUUGGGUUACUCUCAGUACAAUGCCUUCGGUAAAGGUUACAAUGACUGGGUCGUUCAAUGUACUUGGGAAGGUGAUAACAGCAUUCUAUCAUUGACAUCUGCCAAAUCUAUCCUCAAGAAAUUCGUUGAAGCUGGCACGAAGGGGAGAUUUGAUGAGAAGUUGGAUAGUGAUUCUUUCAACUAUUUGGAGCCUAGCUUCCUGAUGUCUGUUCUAAGUGGUCAACAAUCUGCUGAAUUUGAAGACUUGAAGGAUUACACCAGGGUUUGGGCAGUAGCUUUGGUCAAAAUAUUGAAUCAUACAGCUAGAUUAAUCGAAAAAACUAAGAAAGUCGAUGGUGUCUCCAAAUUGUUGAUCAUGAUCUCUAAAUUCCAUGCAUUGCACUCAAUGUUAAAAGUUUAUCACGAUAAAUUACACUCCAUGAAGGAUUCACAUGUUACUGACCCAAAAUCAAAGGAUGCUCUAUGGAACAUUUACAAAUUGUUUUCCGUUUAUUUCAUUGACAAGCAUGCUGGUGAGUUCUUACAGUUCAAGAUUUUCACCCCAGACCAAAUAUCCAAGGUGAUCCAGCCUCAAUUGUCACAGCUCUUACCCGAGGUCAGAAAGGACUGUAUACCAUUGACGGAUGCCUUUGAACUUCCGGACGCAAUGUUGAAUGCGCCAAUUGGCUACUACGACGGUGAUAUCUACAACAAUUACUACAACGAAGUGCUGAAGAAUAAUCCAGUCGAGCCCGACGGUGCAGGCAAGCCACGCUAUCAUGAAUUGUUGACCACCAUGCUGAAGAGAGGUCACGAUUUUGAUGAAAGGCUUGGUGGUGCAGCAAAUGCUGACAUCCUUAGUCGGUUGGCCAAGUAA